UUCUAGGUCAAAUGAUUAGUUCUGUGACAAGACAGCAUGACGCUUUGAGUAUGACAGAAGCCCUGAUGCUGCAGCAGAGGCUGGGAAUAUUAAUGGCCAAAUCUAGAGAUCACAUGGUCUUCUAAAGAAGUCAUGGGUAGCUGUUGUAGCUGUCCAGAUAAAGAAACUGUCCCAGAUAACCAUCGAAACAAGUUUAAGGUUAUUAAUGUGGAUGAUGAUGGUAACGAACUGGGUUCUGGCAUAAUGGAACUUACAGAUACAGAGCUAAUUUUGUACACCCGUAAAAGGGACUCUGUAAAAUGGCACUACCUCUGUCUCCGUCGCUAUGGCUAUGACUCAAAUCUUUUCUCUUUUGAAAGUGGCCGAAGGUGUCAAACUGGACAAGGAAUCUUUGCCUUUAAAUGUGCCCGUGCAGAAGAGCUAUUUAAUAUGUUGCAAGAGAUAAUGCAGAAUAAUAGCAUAAAUGUGGUAGAAGAACCAGUAGUAGAAAGAAAUAAUCAUCAAACAGAGCUGGAAGCUCCAAGAACCCCUCGAACACCUACCACUCCUGGGUUCAAUGCACAAAGUUUACCUAAUGGCUAUCCCAGAUACCCAUCUUUUGGAGAUGCUUCAUCACAUCCUUCCAGCAGACAUCCUUCUGUUGGAAGUGCACGCCUCCCCUCUGUCGGUGAAGAAUCAACACAUCCUUUACUUGUACCAGAGGAGCAAGUGCACACUUAUGUCAACACUACUGGGGUACAAGAGGAAAGAAAAAAUCGAUCAAGUGUGCACGCGCCACUGGAAUCAAAGCUUUCAAACACUGAAACAACUAAAAUGAAAGAAGAUCAGAUGUGUACUGAUGACAGAGAUGCUCAGGUUCUCCUGGAGCCUGAAGGAGUUAAGUUUGUUUUAGGACCAACACCCGUUCAAAGGCAGUUAAUGGAAAGAGAGAAACUGGAGCAACUUGGGAGAGACCAAGUUAGCGGCAGCAGCACAAACAACACUGAAUGGGACACUGGGUACGACAGUGAUGAACGUAGAGAAACACCAUCUGGUAAUAAAUUCGUGUAUGAAAAUAUAAAUAGGUUAUCAAUCCCUAGUGCCUCAGGGGUCAGGAGAGGUCGUUUGACAUCAACCAGUACCUCAGACACCCAGAACAUUAACAACUCUGCUCAGAGGAGAACUGCGCUGUUGAAUUAUGAGAACUUACCAUCCUUGCCUCCUGUUUGGGAAGCUCGCAAGCUGAGUAGAGAUGAAGAUGACAGUUUAGGACCAAAGACCCCAUCUCUGAAUGGCUACCACAAUAACCUAGAUCCAAUGCAUAAUUAUGUCAAUACAGAGAAUGUAACAGUACCAGCAAGUGCUCAUAAAGUAGAAUUUACACGACGUCGGGACUGUACCCCAACAGUCUUUAACUUUGACAUUAGGCGUCCAAGUUUAGAACACAGGCAGCUCAACUAUAUACAGGUUGACUUGGAAGGUGGUAGUGACUCCGACAACCCUCAGACUCCGAAAACCCCCACCACUCCACUUCCGCAAACUCCAACCAGGCGCACAGAGCUGUAUGCUGUGAUAGACAUUGAAAGAACUGCUGCUAUGUCAAGCUUGCAAAAAGCACUGCCCCGAGAUGAUGGUACUUCUAGGAAAACUAGACAUAACAGUACUGACCUGCCUAUGUGAGCCUGGGAAGCAUUAAAUCAUUUGCACCUUUUGUGAAGUUUAUAAAAUUGAAGAUGCAAGUACUUUGCAUUUCUUAACACUAACGCCUUUUAUAGACUAAUCGAACUUUUUCUGCAUACUUCAUGUACUUGUCUUAACUAAAGGGAAUUAAUGUAGAGCAAGUAUUCAUUUAGGUAACACUAUUUCAUUCUACAGUAGUAGUAAUUACUGCAUAGCAGCAUCACCACCUUUCACAGUGCCUCUUUAAAUUGAUUACAGUCUGAGUGACAUGCCAGUUUUGAAUUUAUAAAUAUUCUGGUCUGGUGCCUAUACUUGUUAAUGGCAUUGAUAACACUUUUUAAAGCCUCUUGAUAUGUGCAUUAUUAGCAGGUAAACCUAAUCUUUCAAGAUACGUAUCUUAUGUUCAUUCCUCAUUGAAGUGGCUCCUCCAGAAAGAAAUGUAUGUAAUGCAUUAACUCACUCAGUUUGACGUACACAAGAUAUAUUGGUUCAUCUCAAGGGAUAUAAACACCACACCUUUUUUGUCUGAUUUGUUUUGUUUUUUUUUUUAAUACCAUAUGGGCAAGAAGGCCUCUAAUUCCCGAUAGUUUUCUUAAUGUGUGUGAUAUUGGAGAGGUCACAUCAUAGUUUGUUGAUCAGAGCUAUAAACGCAUCUAAACUCAGCCUUAAGCUCCUUCCUCUAGAAGAGAAUUCUGAGUGGCGUAUCAAGUUCCCUGUGAAAUCUGACAGAAUUUUAAUCUCAGUAGA